AUGACAAGUUUUGUACACAGUAAAUCAAGAGAUGGACCAAUUAAAUCUACUCAUCACUCCAAUGUAGAUAUUAAUAAGAUAACAACAGUUCCAAUUUCAAAGACAAACCUUCAAACACAGAAUAUCACUGUUUUAGAUUCAAAAGAAACAAUUGAAAAUGGAUUUAAAGUCUGUAUUAUUAUAUCAGAGAGUUUAUCUGCACCAAUAUUUGAUAAAGAAUCAAACCAAUUUACUGGUUUAUUGGAUAUCCGUCAUUUCUUGGGAUAUAUUCUUUAUAAAUUGCCUGUUCCUCACUCGGGUACUCAAGAAAAGAAGAUCUACUUGAAGGAACUUGAUAAAUACCCGUUUAAUGUAUUGGAUAUUAAUUCUAAUAUUUUAGAAUUAUUAAAAUAUUUCAAUUCUGGAGUACACUCUGCUUUUAUUUUAAAUGAAAAGAAACAGAUUGAAAUGAUUUCUCAACUAUCUUUAAUAAGAUGGAUGUUGGCAAAUAUUGAUGAUUUAAAGAUUGGAAAUGAUAAGAUUAAAGAUCUUUUCCACGGAGAACAACAACAUAAAUUCUCUAAAGUACAUUCCAUUUUGAAUACUAAAUCAGUGGUAGAAGCAUUGAGAGAGUUGUACGUUCAGAAUAUCUAUGGUAUGCCAAUCCUAGAUGAAAAUAAGAAUAUCGUUGGAAAUAUCUCUAUCGUGGAUAUCAAGGAAGCAAAUGAUAAUUUGGAUAAAUUGAUCCUACCCCUUAAGAUCUACUUUAAGGAACGUCCAAUCUAUUCAAUCUCUGAGAAUAGCACUUUUAAAGAACUCUUACAGAUCUUUGAUAGCAAACAGAUACAUCGUAUCUAUUUAAUGGAGGAGAACAAACCAAUUGGAAUCAUCACUAUCACUGAUGUUCUUAGCAUGCUCUAUCAACAUUUACACUACAGAGCAAACACAGCUCAAAUUUAA